AUGGAAUCAAACAAGAGAAGCACUUAUUCUUUCAAGUUCAAAGAGCCUGAUCUGAGUAGCCUAUGUAACUUGGUUUCUCAAAUGCAUAUGGUAUACAUAAUCAACUUUGGAAAGAACUAUGGAAACUUGCUUAACCUUUUGAAUCAAAAGGUAGACCAUACAUCACUGGUGACUUUGGCUCAGUUCUAUGAUCCACCUCUGAGGUGUUUCACAUUCCAAGUUUUCCAGUUGGCACCAAUGUUGGAAGAGCCUGAGGGUCUCGCUAAAAUUCCCAUGAAGAACAAGUCAUUGUUUGUGAGAAUGGAUAAAUCUCUGAAACAUGAAGUUAUCGCUAAAGCUCUUCACAUGGAUAAGAAAGAAGUUACUUCCAAUCUAGGGGUCAAAGGAAAUACCAAAGGCUUCUCACUUAAUUUCCUCCUGGAAAGAGCUUAUACCCUUCUGAAUGCAGAAAGUUGGGAAGCUUGCUAUGCUGCCAUUGCCUUGGCUAUCUAUCGAAUCAUCUUAUUCCCAAACAUGGAUGGUUUCAUAGACAUGACCGCCAUUAGUAUUUUCCUUAUAGAAAACCUUGUACCCAUCCUUUUGGAAGAUUUUUAUUACUACCUAAGUUAUAGACAUUCGAAGAAGAAGGGAAUGAUUGCUUGUUGCGCUGCUCUUUUGUACCAGUGGUUCUUGGAGAAUCUUCCAAAGACAUGA